AGCUCGGCGAAGCAGCUGUUCCUGUUCCCUGAUCCAGUCACUUCAGCCCGCUUCCCUACCGACCCUCCUCGUGCCCAUCCGCCCCGACUCCCCUUCCCACCUCGCGAGCUCCCUCGCCUCGUCGCCAGCUCGAAGACGGAGAGCUCGCCUCGUCUGCUCUGCCUCCCUUAUCGUGCCCUAACCCUCGAAUCCAGGCGGGGUGGUUCCUCAGAGGUGGCGUCGCGGCGAUGGACAUGGAGACGGAGCCGCGGGCGAAACCCUUGUCCUACAAGAUCAAAGCCAUGUCCCGCGAGUCGCCGUCGCAGAAAGCGUCCAACGUCCUCGACCCUGACCUCCGCACUCACUGGUCCACCGGCACCAACACAAAGGAGUGGAUCCUCCUCGAGCUCGACGAAGCUUGCUUACUGUCCCAGAUAAGGAUCUAUAAUAAGUCUGUGCUUGAGUGGGAGAUCACUGUUGGGUUGCGCUUUAAGUCUGAUUCUUCUCAGCCUGACACAUUUUUAAAAGUUCGUCCACGUUGUGAAGCUCCAAGAAGAGAGAUGAUAUAUCCGAUGAACCAUACACCAUGUCGUUAUGUGAGGAUAUCUUGUUUGCGAGGAAACCCAAUAGCUAUAUUUUUUAUCCAGCUAGUAGGAGUGACCGUCACUGGACUAGAACCAGAGUUUCAACCUAUAGCUAAUUACUUGCUACCAAAUAUUGUAUCACAUAAGCAUGAUUGUCAGGAUAUCCAUCUUCAGCUGCUUCAAGAUGUGGCAAAGCAUCUGUUGUUUUUUCUUCCUCAACUUGAGACAGAUCUUACCAAUUUCUCUGAUGCUGCAGAGACUAGCAUACGUUUUUUUGCAAUGCUUGCUGGUCCAUUUUAUCCAAUUCUCCAUCUUUCUAGUGAAAGGAAUGCUUCAACUACAUUGCUUUGUUUGUCUGAUUUAGAUGCAUCUAAAAGUAACCCAUCAUCUACUUUGACAGUGUCAUCGAACUUUGAGGCACAACCCAGGCGAUCACGCAGUCCACCCUUUCCUGAAAUUGCUUCUAGCUCUAUAGUGUUUCGACCUGAUUCUGUCAUAGCCCUGUUAAGGAAAGCUUACAAAGAUUCUUAUCUUGGAAUUGUUUGCCGUAAAGCCGCAAAGGCAAUACACAGGCUUAUGGAGACAAGUAAGCUCUCAGGGGAAUCAAGCUAUGUUGAUGACUCCGCUUUAUCUUCAGUUUCUGAGGAGAUUGUCAAGAGUGAAGCCAACAAUCAUGUUGAGCUAACUGAUUACUCAACCUUGUUUGGGCCAGAACUUAAAUUACCUGAUGACCAAUGGGAUGCUUCUUACUUGAAUGUGUUGGAUGUUGCUGCAGUUGAAGAAGGCAUUCUCCAUGUCCUAUUUGGAUGUGCUUCACAACCUCUCCUAUGUUGCAAAUUGGCAGACAGUAAUUCAAAUUUUGGCCCCAUUUUCCCACUGAUACAAGCUCUGCUUCCAGCACUUCGCCCUCCAAUCAGCAGCCCCCUUGAUCAAGUUGAUGACAGUUUUUCACAGUGGAAACAUCCUUCUGUGCAUCGUGCUCUUUCUCAGAUAAUGAUUAUGUCAUCAUCAUCAGUAUAUCAUCCUCUUCUUCAUGCUUGUGCGGGAUACCUGUCUUCUUUUCUAUCAUCUCAUGCAAAAGCAGCUUGUGUGCUUAUUGAUCUAUGUUCUGGACCUUUAUCACCAUGGAUACCUACAAUUACUGCAAAGGUUGAUCUUGCAAUUGAACUCAUAGAGGACCUCUUGGGUGUUAUUCAGAAUGCUCCCCAAUCUAUUGCUCGUGCUCGCUCUGCACUGAAGUAUAUCUUGUUGGCCAUCUCUGGACAUGUGGAUGAUGUGCUAGCAAAAUAUAAGGAGCAUAAACAUAGGCUGCUGUUUCUUUUUGAGAUGCUAGAGCCUUUCCUCUAUCCUUUGAUUGCUGGAAAAAGGAAUACAAUUUCUUUGUUAGAUGCUUCUUCACAUUUGGCAAAACAGGAGAACUGUUUCAUUGCACUCAAUAUUAUACGCACAGCUUUGCAAAGGCCUGCUAUUCUCCCUUCAGUCGAAUCUGAGUGGAGACGUGGAUCGGUUGGACCAAGUGUGCUUCUUUCUGUUCUGGUUCCACAGUUUCCAUUACCAUUAGACAUUGACAUUUGCAAAUUUUCAAAUCCCAAAGUUGCUAGUCAAGAUUCUUUCUCUGUUUCUUCUCCUAGCAUUUCCUGUAGUCCUGAUGAGGCUAAUGGAAAGAAUGAUGUAAAUGAAGCCGCGGCAAAAAAGAAUGCGUUUGAAGAUGCUGACCUAUUGUUUGUCCCUAUUGAAUUGACACAAGCUGUGUUGACAAGUACUUCCAACUAUCUUGCUGAGGACAAUGUGAAUUUGAAUUCUGAUUGCAGCAAUAAUGAGGCAAAAAAGAUAUCAAAGAACAAUUUUCAGUUGAAUACUGGUUUCUUUGCUGAUUACUUCUAUUCACAGGCAGAUUAUCUGCAACUUGUGAAUCAUCAAGAUUCAGUAUUUCGGGCUUCAGAAUUUGAACGGUUGGCAUCCGACUUGUGUUCAGAGCUGAACAGAACACCAGAAAGCCAUGAAGCUAUAAUAGAUGCAUUGCUCUUAGCUGCAGAGUGUCAUGUCAAUCCAUUUUUUAUGAUGUCUUAUGGAUGUAACUCGAAACUUGUCAAUGAGUUGAAAACGGUUGAAUCUAGUUUAAAGGAAAACAGCGGAGUAAUUGAGUUAAAUAAGGGCCUGAAAAAUAAUGUAGAUCUGGAGACCAUAGCUCAUCUUGAAAGGAAAAGGGACUUAACUGUUCUACAAAUUUUACUCCGUGCUGCUAAACUUAAUAUUGAAUUUUUGAAUAAUUUGUCACUUUCUCAACCUCAGUUAGAUGAUCCUCAAGAUAAUGAACAGGUUGUGCAAAUAUCAACAUUGGACAGUGAAUCAGUUGAUGCAGUAACAUUUGUUAGACAGAAUCAGACAAUACUAUGUUGUUUUAUAGUUGGACAAUUGAGAAGGGAGCAACAAUCAUCACAUGAAACCCUUCUACAUAGUCUCCUCUUUCUACUUCAUUCUGCAACUGAGUUAUCUUGUCCUCCUGAGGUUGUAAUUGACAUCAUACUGCACUCAGCUGAAAAACUUAAUCUAGAAGUUACAUCUUUGUACAUGCAAGUGAACACCGGAAAUAGAGUGACCGAAACAGAAAAGUUGCACAGAUUGCAAAGGCGUUGGACCCUUCUUCAAAAAUUGGUGAUAGCAUCUUCUGGCAAUGGGGAGAUGGAUCACAUUUGUGGAGUCCAUAGUGGUUUUAUGUACAGAAGUUUAGUCCCACCUUUCUCGUGGACUCAGAAAAUAUCUAGAUUUGCAAGUUCUACAUUACCCCUUGCAAGAUUUCUAGGAUGGCUUGCGGUUUCUCGAAAUGCCAAGCAAUGCUUGAAGGAACACCUGUCUCUUGUCUCUGAUCUUUCUGAAAUUUCAUCGAUAUUGUCAAUUUUUGCCGAUGAGUUGGCACUUACUGAAAAUUUACAGAACAGGAAAGCUGAUACAGCACUAUUACAUCCAUUGGACACCAAAAAGCACUUGCAACUUGAUAAAGAUUUUGAAUCCUCUAAUCAGUUAGACGCUCAACUAUCCUUCCAAGUACUUUUUCCUCACCUGCAUAUGUUCUUUCCGAACAUGAGAAGCCAGUUUGGUGAGUUUGGAGAGAUUAUUUUGCAAGCUGUUGGGUGGCAACUCAAAUGUCUUCCUUCCAGUGUCGUGCCUGAUUUACUCUGCUGGUUUGCUGAUUUGUGUUUGUGGCCAUAUCUCAAAACAUUAAAAGGCCAUCUUUGUGUUGCAAAAGAUGCUAACUCUUUGAAAGGUUAUGCUGCUAGAAAUGCUAAAGCAGUUCUCCUUUAUGUGCUUGAAUCAAUUAUUGUUGAACACAUGGAGGCAUUAACACAUGAAAUGCCCAGGGUAGCUCAUAUAUUGAUGUCAUUUUGUAGAGCCCCAUAUUGUGACGUUGCUUUUCUUGACUCUGUUCUCUCUCUAUUGGGGCCACUAAUUUCCUACUUUCUGCGGAUAAUUUGCAUCAAUGAGAAGCACUUGUCUGAAGCAUCACUUGAAGAGGACUUUGAGUUGUCAAACUUUGAAGAACUGUUUAGCAAUAUUAAGUGUAGAAAGGGAUCUAAUGGGCUUACUGAAGAGAAGAACAUUCAUGGACCUUUGAUGAUUGUCAUUUUAGGUCAUCUGUUCCCUGAUCUGUCCUUCAGGAGGAAAAAGGAAGUAAUAGAGUCUUUGUUAUUGUGGGUUGAUUUUACUACUUCAGAGCCCAUACCUUUUAUCUAUGAUUAUAUCUGUGCUUUUCAGAAAUUCAUUAAUAGUUGUCUAAUUUUAGUAACGUUAGUUCUGAAGUCAUUUGGUUUCCAUCACCGAGCCAAUAGUAAACAGUCAACUGAAGGGGGUCAAAAAAUCAGAACUGAUAAUGCCUUAAAUUAUGAGACCGAUUCACUAGAACUUCCUGAUUAUGAUAUAAACAGGUCGUCUGAAACACAUGACAGUGUUGGCAUUGAUGCUGGUGUUGAAGUGGUCCAUAGUCUCUCUGCUGAUGAAGUUGAGGAAUUCACGGACCUACUAGAGAAGUUCAUUUCUGGGCUUUUUCCAGCUGUUGAAGCUAGUUGGAAAGUGCAUCAUAAGUUGGCAACAAGGAUAACAUUUACAUCAGCCAAAUGCUUAUUAUUGUCAAAAUUCUUGUAUUACUUCAUUCAUGACAAAAGUAGGGAAGGGGAUGAUGGCGGCAUACAUCAAACCAGUUUAAAUGACCAUUCAUCUAAAUACUGGGUGAAAGCUGUUGAAGGACUUAUAGAAACUGUCUCAUCAAGUCAAGCUAAUCAUUGUUGGCAAGUAGCACUGGUCAUGCUUGAUUUCCUAUUCAAGUUACCUAAGAACAUUAGCUUUUUCACUGUUGUCUCUCCUGUAUGCGUUUUGAUCAAGAAGUUCUGUUGUCAUGCACCAAAAAUUUCAUGGCGUUUGCAGAGUGAUAAAUGGAUUUCAUAUUUAUUUGAAAGGGGAAUUGAUAAUCUUAGUGGAAAUGAGGCUACAUUAGUGGACUUAUUCUGCACAUUGCUGGGUCAUUCAGAACCAGAACAACGAGCUGUUGCAUUGCAGCAUCUUGGAAGAAUUAUUGGCCUGAACAACUUUAAUAGUUUGAUUGAACUUCCUUAUUCAGUUAAACAAAGUCUGAUUCAAUCUCAAUCGGUAGGGACUAUUCCUGAUUCUGUAAUUUCCAUUUUGGUUACACAGACAUGGGAUAGAGUGACUGUGGUAGCACUGUCAGACCCUUCAAUGUUGUUGAGGACACAUGCAAUGGUUCUGUUACUAGCCUUCCUUCCUUUUGCUGAGAGAAAGCAAGUGCAAUCCAUUCUUGUAGCCACUGAUUCCAUUCUUAGAGGUGUAGGCAAAAUAAACAAUUCAGUGGAAACGGGUGAGUUGACAAGGCUUUCAUUGCAUAUUCUAGCAAGUGCAUGUCUUUAUUCUCCUGCUGAGGACAUUACUUUGGUACCUGAAACUGUUUGGAGAAACCUGGAGAAAAUGGGAACGUCAAAAACAGGAAUGCUUAAUGACUUGGAAAAAAGUUUGUGCUCAGCUUUGUGUAAGCUUAGAUGUGAAUCUGACGAUGCGAAACUGGUGCUAUCAUCUCUGACUUCCAUCCAAUCCUACUUUGACUUUUUCUCGGAGAGAGUUGUUCUGCAGGCUCAGGAACUUGAAGAAGCUGAAAUUGAAGUAGAGCUUCUUAAAAAAGUAGCAGCAUCUGAGGAUGCAUCUGCCUCUCAGCUAGAAGUUGACACAUCACAAACUACUGAGAAGGAGAAUAAUCGUCUUCAACAAAUUAAGGAUGAAAUUAGAUCAUUAGAGAGGGCUAAAAUUAGAGAAGAAGUGGUAGCCCGCAGACAAAAAAAGCUUCUAAUGAGACAUACUCGCCAAAAACGCUUAGAAGAGGCAGCUUUGAGGGAAAUGGAACUUCUUCAAGAACUUGACAGAGAGAGGAACAGCGAAGUGGAGCGGGAUGUUGAGAGACAGCGGGAGUUGGAGCUUGAACGUGCAAGAACUAGGGAAUUACAAUACAAUCUUGAUAUGGAAAAGGAAAGGCAGAUACAGAAAGAGAUUCAAAGGGAACUGGAGCAGGUCGAGUCUGGUGUUCGUCCUUCCCGUAGAGAAUUUUCAUCUAAUCCGAACAGUCGGUCUAGGGAAAGAUAUCGUGACAGAGACGAUGGCAGAUCUAGACAAGAAGCAAACAUAAAAUCCAGCAACAGAGGCCAUGAUGGUGGAACUUCCCAGACAACAUUAGCAGUCUCUGCUGGAGCACCUUCAGGACCAACUGUAGUUCUCACCGGAUCUCGAAUAUAUACAGGUCAACCUCCGACAAUUUUGCAGUCGAGGGAUCGCUCAUCAGAACGUGCCCCAAGUUACGAAGACAGCAUUGAGGGGAACAGGGAUUCAGGUGAUACAAGCAGCAUUGGUGACUCUGAGCUAGGCUUGGCCUUUGAUGGAUCACCUGGUGGCUUUGGCUCAGCUCCCAGACACGGAUCACGAGGGAGCAAGUCAAGGUCGAUUGUCGAACGGAGAGAACGGGACGGAAGGAGAGAAGGAAAGUGGGAAAGAAAACACUCUUGAAUCCUCAACUUAGGAAUUUCAAUCAGGCCUUGCACAGUAAAUACCCGAGGGAAGGAUAAAUGCCCAAGUUGCAGAUUCCACAUGCCCUGUGAAAUCAGCACCUCACGACGAUCCCUAAUCUUGUGGCGGCAUCAUAACAGCUAUUUUUUCGAUCCUUCUCUUGUUUCAAUGGCAAAUAUAUGCUCAUGUUCCUUCUGGAAAUUCAUGUAAUUCCAAAACUUUUGGCAUUCUGUCUUCUAGGAUUUGCUUUUACCAAAUUUUCUGAAGCACUAACCAAAUAUUAGAAUCAGAAAAAGGAAGGAAAGAUGAACUGUCAUUAGUAAAAUUAACAUUGUUCGCUGA